AUGGAAAAAGGAUUCGAUCUGACAUCAUUGAAUCGACUGAGCGACGUAAAGUUCUCUCAUCGUUCCGAUCGUACCCUGCUGCACUAUAUUUUGCAAGUGGUUGAGAAUCGUCUUCCUGAUCUCGCAAAGUUGAGAAGAGAACUCGCAGCUGUCUACGAUGCUGCCAGAUACAAUCGAAACGAGGUUCUCGCUGAAAUUCGUAGUUUGGAGCAAGGGAUUACAGCCGAAGGCGUAUACCAGGAGCAGCUGGCUGAAGACGCAACCGAUGAGGAAUGGAAAAAGGACCGAUUCGAGACUGUGGCCAAGCAGUUUGUUGCUACUGCAUGUGAGCAGUAUCACGUUUUGGAGAAGCAACACAGUGAAAUGAAAGCUAAGUUCUCGGCAUGCGCGGCGCAGUUCUGUUUCGACACCCUCAAUCCUGAGGAGAUGUUC